GUGAGGUGAGAGUCGGCGGUAAACAACAAGGAUGGCGACCCACGUCCCCGGCAUAUUUGACGAGAAAUUACGUGGGUGUGUGGCCUCGUGCAGGGUUCUGGUGGUGGGUGCUGGAGGAAUAGGCUGCGAACUACUCAAGAACCUCGUUAUAACGGGGUUUGAGGACAUAGAAGUGAUCGAUCUGGACACCAUCGACGUCAGCAACCUCAACCGUCAGUUCCUCUUCCAGAAGCAGCACGUCGGACGCAGCAAGUCGGAGGUGGCGCGGGAAUCUGCGCUCCGCUUCAACCCCAAGGCUUGCAUCAACGCUUAUCACGACUCGAUCAUGAAAUCCACAUAUGGCGUCUCAUUCUAUCAGAAGUUCACACUGGUGAUGAACGCUCUCGACAACAGAGCUGCACGUAACCAUGUCAACCGAAUGUGUCUGGCUGCCGGUGUACCUCUGGUUGAGAGCGGCACAGCGGGAUACCUAGGGCAGGUCACGGUGAUCCAGAAAGGCUUAACAGAAUGUUACGAGUGUCAGCCCAAACCCACUCAGAAAACCUUCCCCGGGUGCACAAUCAGAAACACACCAUCAGAACCCAUACACUGUAUUGUCUGGGCUAAGCACCUUUUCAAUCAGCUGUUUGGGGAAGCAGACCCAGACGAGGACGUGUCACCUGACUCGGCUGACCCAGAACAGGUGGGAGAUGCCGGCCAGUCGGCUCUAGACUCGGAGACCAACGAACAUGGUAACAUUAACAGGGUGUCCACGCGAGGCUGGGCUGUCUCACAUAACUACGAUGCCAAGAAAUUGUUUGGGAAACUUUUCAACGACGACAUUCACUACCUACUGUCCAUGGAUAAGCUGUGGGAGAAGCGAAGACGACCAACACCUCUAGAGUGGGACAAGUUACCCAGUACUAGCGUCAGUGAGAAUGGAGAAGGUCUUAUUGAAGACCAGCGACCCUGGACCCUCGCUCAGUGUCGAGAUGUUUUUGAAACGGCAGUAAGGAGUCUUCACACACAACUGAAGGGCAAGCCUGAAGGAGAGGACCUCGUGUGGGAUAAGGACGAUAAGGACUCCAUGGACUUUGUGACGGCUUGUGCCAACAUACGCGCACACAUAUUCGGCAUUCCCCAAAAGACGCGUUUUGACACCAAAUCCAUGGCUGGCAACAUCAUUCCAGCUAUAGCCACUACUAAUGCCAUCAUUGCAGGACUCAUCGUUCUAGAGGCUAUGAAGAUCCUCCAAGGUCGCACCAAUGAAUGUAAAACGGUAUAUCUGAAUCGCAAGCCCAAUCCACGGAAACGGCUAUUGGUUCCCUGUGCCCUGGACAAGCCAAAUCCCAAAUGCUACGUGUGCUCGGAGAAGCCCGAAGUGUGCGUGCGUCUCAAUGUGGAAAAGACCACCGUCAGAACGCUGGAAGAGAAAAUUCUGAAGACAGCGCUCAACAUGGUCGCCCCCGACGUGGAAAUAUCCGACGGGAAGGGCACCAUCCUUAUAUCGUCGGAGGAGGGGGAGACUGAAGGCAAUAAUGAUAAGAUGCUUAAGGAGUUUAACAUCACCGACGGGACCCUCCUCAACUGUGACGACUUCCUCCAGAACUACACUCUGACUGUCAACUUGAUUCAUUGCGAAAAACUUGAAGACGGUGCAGAAUUUGAAGUGAUUGGAAACAUUGAUGAACUGAAGAAGGCACAGGAGGAGCAAGCGAAGGCGUCGACGGCAGCAGAGACGGCUGCCAACGGCCCAGAUGGCGCUACGGCUGCAUCCUCUGUCAUGGGCUCCGAUGAUGAAAACGAUCUCGUGUGUCUGGAUGACGAGAACGACGACACCAAGAAGAGGAAAAUUUCUGAGGAUGGAGCGCAGCAACCUAGAAAAAAGUUACGCCAGGAAACAUCAGAGGACGACAUAAUCGAAUUGUAAAACACAAGAUAAAUACCCACCGAGAUACGUCUAAGUAUCGCAACUUAAACUCAUUCCAAGGUUACCCAUCAAAACAGUGCACCACGGAGGGGAGGGUCAGUGACUGGUAUGAAACCAGGAGCGGAGUUACCAACACCAGAUUUAGUUUGAACUUCAUAUAAAACCAAAAAAGGGUCCUUAUACCAUGUCUAAAAUAUUUCAUGACCAUAAUUUGGAGAGGAAUCUUUUGGUUACAAUUUGGUGAGUAAUGGAACAUUAUCAAGUCGGUGCAGGUGGUCCUUGACUUAUGCUCGGGUUACGUUCUGACAAACCCAUUAUUAGCUGAAAAUAUUUUAUCGAAUAUGAAUGUAUGCUAAAUUUUUUUUUUUUUUUUUUUCAACAAGUCGGCCGUCUCCCACUGUAACUAUUAUUAUUGAAAAGUAAAUAAAUGAAUACAAGUUUAUCCUAUCAAUAAAUGUACAGUACUGUACGAUGGUGGUAUUUUGGCUUUACGUUGGUGAUGUCACAUCAUCGUAAAGUCAAAAUAUUGUAAGUCGCCCUCAUAAAGCAAGGAGCAUCUGUAGUGUGUUGAAAUUUGUCCAAACGUUCCUGUCUAAAUUGUUCAUUACUUGUCAGUGGAUAUCUGUAAACUGUUGUACAAUGUGUUUGUUUUAGUGAUUCCCAAGAGAACUUCUUUUGUAAGUGAACAAAAAUUUAUUUGUAGCCUAGGAAACAUUGAGAGGAUUUGUAAGGUCUAAUUCACUAGUUUCUUAGAGUAUUUUUUAUUACAUCGUAUUUAAGAACCUCGUAAGAUACAUGUUUGAUACGUGAAAUAAAAUGUAUUUGUUUA